AUGGCGUCACGAUGCCUUGUGCACAGCAGGAGAAUGCUUCCGUCUCAGGUCUUCGCGGUCGAUGGUCCACUAGCCAAAACUGCUGUAAAAGGCUGCGCCGGCAGCACAGAGCGCCAGCCGUCGAAGGCCAUGCCCACGCCCAUGCUGGCCUUUGCGGGGCUCGCACUGCGCCUUCACCGCAGAGGACAGCCCAAGUUCUGCAGCGUCGGGCAGCCGCGUGGAGAAGCGCGCGGAGAGGCGCUUGGAGAGGACCGGGUUCGGAUGAAGGCCGAGAAGGCGCAACUGGCAGUAGUUAAGCAGCACAUGCAGGAGAAGGCGGAUGAUUGGAACCUCAGCAUGGAAGACAUCGGAGCAGCGGCACAGUUAAUGGUUUCAGAUGGGCAGAGCAUGCCGACGGAGCUCGAUGAACAGGGGAUCAUGUUGCUGUUCCUCUACGCCAAGGGCGUCUUGAGGCAGAAAGCAUCGGCAGUAAGAAGAGCCGAGUUCGCAGCAUUGCUGCUACCAGACGACAUCUAUGAGGAGUCGCUGGAGCGCCUGGAGCGCCUCGUCCUGGAACGCGAAAAGAGCGAGAGUUUGCUGGACGACAGCAACUCCUUCACUCGCUUACUGGACUCACUCCCGUCGUGGCGGGGUAAUUCGUCCUAUGUGGCGUUCCGCGACGAUCCACGUAUAAGCUGCGGGCUGCUGGAGCGUGUGCAGCUCUCCGGACUGUGCUACAUGCACGCCCCAGUUGUGCUUCAAGCUUACCUCGUAGCGAUGCAGGCGGGCAGCCCGACCGGCACAAGCAAGAUGCUGGACCUGGCAGACUACAUCCGAAAGUACAGAACCGCUCAGGAGCUGGAGGACCACAUCUUCAAAGACGAAGCUGGGUCAAGCCAAGCUUUCCUCGCCCAGAUCCUGGCGAACGCUUCGGGACUCGAAGGAUUCGACUGCAGAUCCAUGGUCAACAAAAUUGUCGGGCAAGCCACUAUCGAUGUAAUCAUCAGUAACCUCAAGGAGUUCGGCCCCGCCCUGGUGUCCGGCUUCAUGGUCACCGAGAACUUCCUGGACGCCAAGAUCCACCAGCACCUCGGCCAAGACAACAGCAAUGAAGUCGGCCUUCAUGCCAUGGUUCUGGUCGGCCACAGAAAAAAAAGCGGCCAGGAUCGGUUCCUCUUGCAAGACUGGUGGAGCGACAAGAGCUUCAUCGAAGUAGACGCGGAGUACUUGGCAGGACAGCGAGCUUCGCUGGUGUUUGUGCAGUCCGACCAGCCCGACAUCCCUGUUCAAUUUUCUAGGAAUUCGGCCCGCCACGUCGAAUUGGAAAUGACGGUGAAAUAG